AUGCCUCUUUCCAAUUCGCUUGCCCUCCGCUUGGUAGCUAGCGCCUUUGCAACCAUAUUUAUCGGAUUCGGUGUCAACGCUAUCCUACGUCCAGACCAUGCUCUCACUUUCUUCGAGUUCCAACCACCUACCUCUGUGGUAGACAAGCAGAUGGUAGACAGUCUAAUGGCAGUCUAUGGAGUCCGGGACAUCUUCAUGGGGAUUGCCAUAUAUGUGGCUUCGUAUUUCGGCACCCGUUCAACCCUGGGCUGGAUCCUGCUUGCUGCUAGUAGCGUUGCAUUUGCAGAUGGAAUUGUUUGCUGGACUCAUGGUCAGGGACAGUGGAAUCACUGGGGAUACGCACCAAUGAUUGCUGUGGCUGGCAGCAUGUUGCUCGGUGCCUUCGAUAUGUGA